AUAGCUAGGUAUACUCGGAGCGCGGCUGGUGGUAAACUCACUUUUGUUGUAUAGUUUAGUUUUGCCAAGUUGGAGUUGGUCGGAUUUAGACAUCGUACAUGUGUUUAGAGCGGCAAGUGUCAAAGCUUCGCGGUCGUAGUAAUUUUUACAAGUUUGUGUGUUUGUGUUGUGAUUCCUUGUUGCGUGAAAAGUGAAAAAUGCUCUCCUGUACCGUUGGGCAUCGGUGGCGCGCAAAUGCAGCAUUUUUUACAUUCCGCUAGCAUUGGAAAGUUGCAUCUAACUGCUAAUAUUUAUGCAAUUCCGUACCAAAGGUUGUUUGAUUUAGUUUUGGAGUGGUCUUCUGAGUGUUGGCAAUAAAUUGUGUGUGAGUGUAAUAAUGACAAGUAAACACUUCAGUUUUUUUGAUGUGUCUGCGUGGGGGCUGGUGCUGUGCCUGCUGCUGCUCGUGCCCGCGCUCGAGACCAGGGUGGACGAGCUGGAGCAAGCCGCGCUCAAGUACAGAGAGCAGCAACCACCCCCGCCCACGCCCGCACCGCCGCCGCCCCCCGCCUCGCCCCGCUGCUUCCACCGCUCGCGCGCCGACUGCCCCACCGACUCGCUCAAGUGCAAGCUGGUCGACCCCACCUCCGUGUUCUGCUGUGAUGUGGACAGCUUCAGAUUGAGGGAGGGGUUGGGGGCUACAAUGACGCAGAACAUCACGAACCUGCACGUGCUGAACGCGGAGGUGGACGAGCUGGACAUCUCGCAGUCCGUGUACCGGAGACUGACGUCCAUGGCGCUGACGGACGGCAACAUCGGGAAGAUCACCGGCCAGUUCCGCAAGUACUCGUCCAUCGCGUGCCUGAACAUCUCCAACAAUAACCUCUCGAGCGCCACGUUCCAGCCAUCAGUUCGUCCGUUCGCGUAUCUGUACAACUUGAGCGUUCUCGACGCGUCUGCAAAUAACCUGACGGAGUUCCCGCUGAGCCUGGUGCAUAGCAACCGGAAGAUUAGUGUGGAUCUCUCUGGCAACAAAUACCUCCCCUGCAAGCACUUCCAGCGCGCCAUGGAGAGCAACAACAGCUCGCUCGUCACCUUCGCCAACUACAACAAGACGUACUGCGCGCUCGACCUGCGCUUCAACUGGUUCAAGGAUGUGCAGAUUGUCCAGAUUGAUCAUUUAAGGGUGCAGAGAGAGUUAAACGCCAGCUGUCGCAACAUCAAACCGUCCUCAGUAGUCUGUACCUGUGUAGCCGAGCGACUCGAGCUACUAGCCGGGGAGGUCACCAACAGCGUGGCCGUGGACUGUUCUAGACGGCACCUGAAGGAGAUGCCGUUGAAUCUACCGUUGAAUACUGUGAAGCUGAAUGUUUCGUAUAAUAAUAUAACCUCCCUCCAAGCCGUGGGCGACGACCCGUCGUACGAGCACCUGCGCCAGCUGAUCGCCGACCACAACGACAUCCCCAACAUCGUGGAGCUCGAGGGGACCAAGUUCAUUGACAACUUUAUGCUGUUCAGCAUUAAUCAUAAUAAGCUGAAGACGAUCCACACGUACGUGUUGUCCAACAAGUUCGACACGACGGGCCCGUACACGACGGUGUCGCUCGCCGGCAACUACAUACACUGCGACUGCAACACCGAGAAAGUACUCAAGCCCUGGCUGGCGGAGAACUCCAAGUACAUAACGGACUACAAGAGCCUGGAGUGCCAGGACGGCCUGGGGCCCGUGUACGACCUGGCUGAGUUUCAGGUGUGCCACACCCCGCGCGACUGGACGGACUACAUCUACUACAUCAUCGGGUUAGAGGUGCUCACGCUUGUGCUACUCAUUAGUAAGGUAUCAUACGACUACUGGGUGUUCAAGACGGCUGGGUACCUCCCGUGGCCCGCCAAUAAGAUGCCUCGCCUGCCCUGUGAUUGGCUCUGCGAGUGACCAUAGACAGUGAAGUUUACUUUUUUCUAUUUAAAAAUGACUUUGACAUGUGAUGCUAUGAGGCCUUAUUGAGACUUUUAAAUAGUUAUGAGUAUUUUGAUAAAAACCAAAUUAAGAAAACAAAGAAAUUAUGAAAACCACCGUUCGUGCUUUUGAUUAGGAUUAUUGGAUAUACUGGCUAAAUUCAAUGAGAUUAAAAUUGACUUUUCUAUUAUGUAGUUGUCUGUGGUAGGUACGCUAAUAUUUUAAGAAGUUAUAUUUUCCAAAGUAAGUCUUAAUGUUAAAUGUUUUAAGAUUUAGUUCGUAAUGAGGUCACAAAAUACAUUAAUGUAUGUCUUAAGUUUACUGUAUGAAGACAAAUGACAGAUCUCUGACUAUAGUAUGUUGAAUGUGUUGAUUUAUACAGGCUGUUGCAAAAGUGAUAAAGUAAGCCGAAAGGGCUCUAACUGAACAACGAUUGCUUUUACUUUUGGCCAUUCUGAGCCACUGUGCCGUUUUACUAUAAGUAGGUCUAUCUACCACUUUUGCAACAGCCGGCAUAUUUUUGAUGCCAUUAAAAUAUGUUUGAAGAUACAAAAUAAUUGUAUAUGUUUGUAGGAAUCUCUAAACGGAUGUAUAUCGUAAUUGAAUAUGGAUGUAUAUUUUUUUUAUUUUGGUAAA